AUGCAGAAGUGGAUCACUGACUACCUCUCGUCGUCAACCACGGGUUUCACCUGCCUCGUUCCGCCCAACGCCGCCUUCAGGACCGCCAAGCCCGCCUCCCUGAAACCGUAUGCCAAGACCCCAGCAACCCUCCAGGAUCUGGUCAAGUUCGGCAUGCUCAACUUCCAGGCCACUCCCCAGCGCUUGGCAAAGGACGCUGUCGGCCAGGGCUACGUCACCUUCAGCGGCGCCGGGAGGCAGAUCCAGAAGUACAAGCCCGCCAAGGCCGGCGCUGUGACAGUUGGCCCUCAGUUCGCUCAGCAGGGUUACGAGCUGGCGAAUGUUACCAAGAUCCUGUACAAGGACCCCACGGCCAUCUGCUACGAGAUCGACAACGUCCUUAUUCCGAUCAAGUAG